AUGGGCUUCACCGAUCUCGUUUCCGAUGCUGGGCUUACCGUGCUCAACAGCUGGUUGAGCACCCGCUCUUACAUUGUUGGCCAAUCUGCCUCUCAGGCUGAUGUCGCUACCUUCAAGGCUCUCUCUAGCGCUCCCGUCGCUGAGAAGUACCCCCACGCCGCUCGAUGGUACAAGCACAUUGCUAGCUACGAGAGCCAGUUCGCCACCCUCCCCGGUGAUGCUGCUGCUCCCUACACCACCUACGGCCCUGAGACCGCUGAGGUGACCAUCAACCCCGCUCAGGCUCCUGAGAAGGCUGAGGGAGGUGAUGACGACGAUGUCGACUUGUUCGGCAGCGACGAGGAGGAGGAUGAGGAGGCCGCCCGCGUCCGUGAGGAGCGCCUUGCUGAGUACAAGAAGAAGAAGGAGGCCAAGCCAAAGACCAUCGCCAAGUCCGUCGUCACUCUUGACGUCAAGCCUUGGGAUGAUGAGACUGAUAUGGUUGCCCUCGAGGCUGCCGUCCGUGCUAUUGAGAAGGACGGCCUUGUCUGGGGUGCUUCCAAGCUCGUCCCCGUGGGCUUCGGUGUCAAGAAGCUCCAGAUCAACAUGGUUGUUGAGGACGAGAAGAUUUCCGUUGCCGACCUUGAGGAGGAGAUUCAGGAGCUUGAGGAUUACGUCCAGUCCACUGACGUUGCUGCCAUGCAGAAGCUAUAA